AUGGCGGCGGCGUUCACCGCCCUCCGCGUCCUGCUCGGGCUCUUCUUCCUGCUGACGGGCGCCGCGAAGCUCUCGGAGCAGCUCUCGGCCGACCUGCACCGGCACAUGAAGUCGCAGUUCGUGCGGUUCGCCGAGGUGUUUCCCCUGAAGGAGUUCGGGUUCGUGCCGGAGCCAGGCCAGUACCUGGAGGUGGUGGGCUGGGUGGAGGCGGUGGCCGGGCUGCUGCUGGCGUUCGGGCCCCAGCUCCUGCAGGAGAUCAGCAACUUCGUCCUCAGUGUCGUCAUGAUCGGUGCCAUCUACACGCUGCUGGUGCUGCGGGAGCCCCUGGCCAUGUGUGCCCCCGCCACCCUCUGCCUCGGCCUCCUCCUGCUGCUCAACAUCCGUGGGCACGCGGCCCCCCCCAAGCCCAAGUUCGAGUGACCAGAGGCGGGAAGGACGGCCGGCUCGGCCAGCGGGAAGCGAUGCCCUUACGGUAUUUUCGGGGGCGGCAUCACGUCCUGCAAGGUAACUUGCUGCUGGUGCACAGUGUGUCCUGUCCUGCCGCUGCCAGGGACCCUGGUGCUGGUUGUUCCCACGCUGUGGGACCCGGGCUGGUGCUGUGGGAUGGUGGCCUUGGCACUGCCGUGGCACCGCCACCGCUCCGGCAGCUCCGUUGCUAAAAUCGCACAAGGUGUCCGGCUCUUCCCAGCGUUUGGCCACGCUGGGCUGGGGCUGGCUCUGCUCUCCUGGGGGCUUUUGUAUUUUGGAAUAAAGCCUCUUGUUUUUCA